AUCAAAACCAGAAUAAUUUAACUUUAGAAACCACUAGAUUUAAAGUAAACAAUUAAGCGGACAAGUAAAUAUCAGAAUGAGUGUCCACGUGAUGCAAAUCCCCAUUGUCUAAAACCAAGGAAUGCUCUUUUACCCACAACUCCACGCAUCCAGCACCAGUCUUAAAACCAUUUACCCUAAAUCCCCAGUACAUUGACGCCCAGACGACUAACUUUGUAAAUUGACUUUUGCUUUUAUUUCUCCGUAUUUUAAUGGUGACACUCACUUAUGAAGGUCUAACUUUCACAUUUCUAGUAUUUUUUUUCCUGUAUAUUUACAAGUGAAAUAAGUAGGAUGCCAUGGCUCAUCAGUCUUUAAUGAAAAAAACAAAAAUAAGUGGAACCAAUAAGGACACCAACUACUUGAAGCCGAAAUGACUGAGUUUUGAGGAGACAAAAAGAAUAAAGCGUUCCAGGUUGUAAUACUUACUUUCUGACUCAUUUCUCUCGCUUAGUGUAUUCAUUGUUUUCUAGUUCACGACACAUCACUAACUACAUCUGCGCUAAUGAGAAACAUGAAGCAGCAGGUGGUUUAUCCGCACACUGUGUGGAUUUAGGACCUUGAGGACGCCAGACGUUCCCAGGACGCCAGAAGCAAACUACACUUCUAGUGUCUUGCAGAGGGAAGCGGGUUAAUAUUGCAACACUACAGAAAAGUUCAAACAAAGUAUGCGCUCUGACGGAGCGGUGAAGCAGCAAGAAUGGGAGCUUCGCAGACGCGCCCCGAGCACAACUACGACGAUCUGACUGACAAAAGUGGAUUUUCACAGGAGCAGAUCAAAAAUCUUUACCAGAGAUUCCAGCAGCUGAGUGGAAAUCAUGAAAAAAUAAGCCGAGAUGACCUGGAGCGCAUACCGGCCCUGAACAACAACCCAAUCAGAAAGCAAAUUAUUACUGCAUUCUUUGAUAAAAGGAACCAGCAUCAGAAUGAUGUUGGCUCCCUUGACGAGAUUGGCUUUGAGCAGUUCCUCAUGGUCAUGUCCCACUUCCGCCCUGUGAAUUCAACAGCGACAGAAGAAGAGAAGGUGACUGUAAGAAAACAAAAGCUUCGCUUCCUGUUCAACAUGCACGACACAGACAAUGAUGGCAUUAUUACUCUGGAUGAGUACAGGACGGUGGUAGAGGAGCUGCUGUCUCAAAGCGGAGCCAUUGAGACCGAGGUUGCCAGGUCGAUAGCAGAUGCUGCCAUGCUGGAGGUGGCAAGCACAAAUGUGCCCCACAUGGCCCCGGAUGAUUUCUAUGAAGGAAUCACAUUUGAGCAUUUUGAACAGAUUUUAAAAGGCAUUGAAAUGGAGUCCAGGAUGUCCAUUCGCUUUUUGGACAUGAACUCCGCAACAAUGCGUUGUGGGAAAUUAAGCUCUUGAUUGGGUUGUUGUAAGGAAAUAUUUAUGUUGCUGCUGUUUUAGCACAGUGUCACCAGUCGUAAAAAGGAAUGAAGCCAGCCACUUCUGAUAUAAAUAAAUAUAUAAAGACAAACAAAUAUAUUUUUGAACAGGAAAAAAUGCUAAAUAAAUGUAACACACUGCUGUAAGUUCAUUUUCAUGCCAGUUUUAAAGACUGCAUGUCACUUGUGCCUUUCUAGAGUUCUUCAGUUAAGCUUUAAGAAUUCAGUUUUUAUGUUUUAUUAUCUGAAAAAUAGCUAGUAUGAACGAAUGCAGUGAGGUUUACAUUUAGGCUUUGGUCACAACACACACCAGUCUCUCAGCACUACAACUAUUCUACAAGCUCCACUGCAGCCAGCAGGUAAUGUGAGGGUUUCUUUAUACUAGAGAGAAUCUUCACUUUAGCUUAACUCAGUGGCUACUCUGGCAUUCAUGGGUCAACUGUUAUGGCAUCCAAAGUGAGACGCUGCAGGCACACACCAUUUCCUCUGUAGCUCCAGAAUAGCUCUUUUUGCUGUGUUCCUCUGUUUAACCAACCACUACUGAUGUACUGUAGAAAAUUGCACUAUUUUUGAUUACUGGUAUAUGGGAGAGUGUACUUUCUCUAAGGUGAAAUCUGACAUCCCUCUCAAUUAAUUCUAUUAAACAAAAUAAAUGUGAAGAAAAA